GCGCACAGAUGACGUCAUCUACGUGUGCCAAAUAAAAACCGGCGGGAGUUAUUCUGUCUUAUUUUUCAGUUAAUCAAAAGAUUUAUUGCAUUGUAUACCACAAAAAAAGUCCAGCAGUGCGGGAGAGAUGACGCAGAGGAAGAGCUCGGGCAAACGGAGCUCCACUGCGGUGGGGGUGGAAGAAGACGACUCGAUAUUCACACAGCCCACCACCUCCCAGGUUCAGAAAGGGAUGGAGAAGCUGACCAAAGCUCAGAUCGACGAAAAGACCACCGAGCUGGUUCAGUAUAUCCUCAUGAAAGACCAGAAAAAGAUUCCAAUAAAGCGUGCAGACAUUGUCAAAAAUGUCCUGAAGGAAUAUAAGAAUGUGUUCCAGGAGAUCAUGAAUCGAGCGCAACAACGGUUUGAGCAGGUCUUCGGGUUCAAGUUGGUGGAAAUUGAUGCCAAGAACCAUGUAUACAUAUUAAUCAACAAGCUGGAGCCAGUGGAGGGGAGCGAGAUGAUAAGCGGCAAUCCCAAGACGGGUUUGCUCUUUGUGAUCCUCAGCCUUGUGUAUAUGAAGGGGGGAGUCGUUCCAGAAGGCCUUGUCUGGAAUACAUUAAAAAAGAUGAAAGUUGAUCCCGGGGAAAGGCAUCCAGAGUUUGGUGAUGUGAAGAAAUUGGUCACAGAUGAGUUUGUGCGUCAAAGGUACCUGGAGUACACCAAGGUCCCCCACACCGAGCCAGUGAAGUACGUUUUCACCUGGGGCCAACGGGCCGAGGUUGAAGUGUCCAAAAUCAAAAUCCUUGAGUUCCUCGGCGAGCUCCAUAGCCAGGACCCUCAGCACUGGAGUCAGCAGUACAAGGACGCCAGCAGUCAGUGGUCCUCCAGGGCCCCUCAGCCCAGCACCAGCUCCCAGAGGUGACUCACCAGACACCCUUUACGGUGGUUAUUUCAGGCAUAACCAAAGAAUCAUUUGUUCAUACAAGGAUAAAAUGCCGGACAUGUUCUCUACGAGAGAUGGGGGAUUGUAAUUGUUCAGCGAUUAACGUUCACACUGAAUGUUCUAAGGCAUUGUAUGUUUUAUUAGUUCAAGGUGCCAGUUGUAAAUAUAAUUUUUCAUAAAAUAAACCCUAUUUGUGUA